AUGGCGCGGCCUGCGGACAACCCGCAGAAGUACAACACAAUUGGCGUGGCCACGACGCUGGGGUGGGCGAAGGAUGACGACGCCCGGGAGUACAUGCAGCUGCUUCUGAUGCGCGCCCACCCUAUUCUUUUGGCGCACAAGUGGAAGAUCAAACAUUUGAAAGAGUUUUACCCGCGUAGCGCGCGUUUGUUGGGGCUUAAUGUGAACAAGGGUGACGAGGUGUGCGUCCGAUUUCGUGCCCCGGGUGCGAAGACCACCUUUCUCCCCUUCAGCGAGGUGCUCUGCACACUGCUGCACGAGAUUGCACACUGUCAGUAUUCCAGACACGACAAGUACUUCUGGGGCCUGUACGCUCAGCUUGUUGUCGAGUGUGAGCGGUUGGAACUGGGCAUGGCGUCUGGGAAGAACGAGAGAACGGCUGGCCGAACGUUCCGUUUCACAGGAGUUCAUCGCUUGGGUGGAAGCGGACCCUCGCCGCGUCCAGCGUGUCCAAGUUCACUGCGGCAGCUCCUUGCGGAGGCCGCGCAGAGACGACUUGAGCAGACGCGUUGGGGUGAAGGUGACGGAUGUGGCCGCGAUGAUGCUGCCAUGUCAAGUACGCCGCCGAGCCAGGGUGGUUGGCCCUGUCCGCGAUGUGGGAAUGUUAAUCUAUCUACUCUUACGGUGUGUGAUUUCUGCUCCGACGCCGUGGACCGCAACGGAGGCGAACAAGGAUGGGACUGUGCACGGUGCUCGUUUCAUAACUACUGCAGUCUGCAGCGCUGUGAGGCGUGCAACUGUGCACGCCUAGCCCUGCCUGGUCUCGCACGGUUUGCCGUGCAGCACAUAAGGCCUCUGGCCACCUCGACGGUGGACUUGUCUGCGUACAGUUUCCUGGGUCGCUUGGCGGAUUAUCUUGACCCUAUCCUUCGGGAAAAAGAAUGGCAAGUGAUCUGCCUCCAUGAGUUCUCUCCAACAACGACAUCGGUGAUGUCGCGCGGGGAAGUCGUCGAACCAGGGCGCGCCGUGGUGCGAGUACGUCUUCGUUCCCCAUGUAGAGCCUCUGAGUUGCUGCCCGUGGCAUGCGUCUGCACCGCUGUCCUUCACCAGCUGGCUCACCUGACAGAAGGUCAACAUGGGGUCGCGUUUCUAGAAGCUUGGGUGGCAUUGCUGCAUCGCUGCCUGAGGACGGAAGCGGCGCAAGCGGAGGAGGCGGUGGUUUCCGGGGAGAAUAGAGAGAGUAUGCUUCAGUUUACGAGACAGUUAGAGCGCAUACUUAAGUAUGAAAAGGAUGAUGUGAAGAAGCCACUGGCGGGGUCUAAAAUGCAGUGUCUCUUUGCCGAUUGCGGGAAUGCUGUGAAGCGCGAGAGGUCCUCUGAAGGCAUUGCAGUGAAGAGCGAAUGCCGCCAGGACGGCGUUGACUACUCUGGAAGUUGGGCAUGCAGCAGGUGCCACUUUCGCAGUCUUGUUGGGGCAUUUCUGUACUGUGAGAUGUGUGGCGCACCUCGCCUCCUCCUACCGUGCUGGGAGAGUCGCGUGGGUUCUUUAGAUGCACCUGUCAUCAUUGACGACGAGGACGAUGAGGAGGAGGGAAACGCCCCAUACGACAAGGAUGAUGCAAUGGUGAUAAUUUGA